AUGUCACCCUCGAAAGACGACCCUGCAUCAGGAUCUUCCACACCUAAAAUAGCGAUCAAAGGCUUCUCGUUGUCCUCGAAAGCUGCUUCCACCAAUAAGCCUUCCUCGGUGUCAAAAUCUGGCGCGUCGUCGAAACCUACAUUCAACAGCUCUUUAGGGAAGAGACCGCGAUCCACCUUCAACCACGACUCUGGCAGCGACUCAGACGACUCUCGAGAUGGAGAUAGUAGGAGAAGGGGUAAACACGAGGUAGUCACAGGAUUCGGCGAGGAUGGCGCGAUCUCCAAAGCGGAUGAGGAGAGGAAGAGGAGGGAGAGGGAGGUGUUGGUUAUUCCUAAGAUGCCGAAUCGGGAUUGGAGGGCGGAUGUUAGGAGGGUGAAUGGGAGGAAUUUGUUGCCGCCUGAGGUUGUGAGGGAGAGGGAGGCGAAAGCUAGGGGAGCUGGAGAGGCGAGGAAGAUUGAGGGCGUGGAUUGUGUGAAUAGUCAGGAUGGGGAGAUCAAGUGGGGGUUGAGUCUGAGGAAGAGGGAGAGGGUUGAGGAUGCUGAGGGCGAGGAAGAAGCGCAAAGAGAUAAGGACGAAAAAGAACCACAGCAAGAACGAGAACCACAGACAGCAGACCAAGAAGCCCUCGCAGCUCUCCUCGGCCAAAAACCAGAACAUAAAGGCCCGGAUCUGGUAAUUCCCAUCACCACUACCACAGACCCCGUCCCCGGAAAGAUCUCUGAGCAAGACGCCUACCGUCGCGCCAUAGCCGCUGCGCCCGAACCAUCUACCCUCGAAGACUACACGCGCGUCCCCGUUGAGGAAUUUGGUGCUGCGCUCUUGAGGGGCAUGGGCUGGAAGGGGGAGAAUGUGGGGAAGGUGAGGGAUGUGAAGAGACGGCAGAAUUUACUAGGACUAGGCGCGAAGGAGUUGAAGGAUGCGGAGGAAUUGGGGGCUUGGGUGCAGAAGAGUGAUGUUAAGAGGCUCAAGACGGGGGGUGAUAAGAGGAAUAGGAGGGAGGAGAAGAAGGGAAUGGGGGAGUAUCGGCGGGAGAGGGAGGAUAGGGAACGUAGGAGGGAAGGGGGUGGGAGGGAUGAGAGGGAGAGGGAGAGGGAAAGAGAUAGGAGGGAUGAUAGGGAUAGGGAUAGAAGGGGUGAGAGGGAUGGGGGGUAUAGACGGAGGGAUGAUAGAGAGAGGGAUUGUAGGAGGUAG